UAUAUCAAUUGUAAUACCAAUUGAUUUCUAAACCGAAAGUUUUGUUUACAAAUAAGUGAAUCAAACAAACGGAAAGUCUAUUUGUCUUUAAAUCAAUUGAAUUAUUAUUUACUUUGAGUCACGUGUCGGACACUCCUUCAAUAAAAUCGGCUGUUAAUUGAUUGAAGAAAACAAACAAUGUCUUCGUUGUUGUUGUGUCUGAAAAGUGGUUUCGGCAAUCAUUUGGCCGCCAAAUACUUGUCGAUUGGUUGUCUGUCAGCUCAACGAUGUCUGUCUUCAGCUGGUCCUCCAAUACCUGGUGGUCCUAAACUGUUCAAACGAGAUAAACCGCAUAUGAAUAUCGGAACCAUUGGUCACGUAGAUCACGGAAAGACAACACUUACGUCUGCCAUUACUAAGGUGUUGGCCGAGAAAAAGUUGGCCAAAGUUAAAGAGUACGACGAAAUUGAUAAUGCACCCGAAGAGAGAAAGAGAGGCAUUACUAUCAAUACAGCACACGUGGAGUAUGCGACCGGUGCCCGUCAUUACGCGCAUAUGGACUGUCCCGGACACGCAGAUUACAUCAAAAACAUGAUAACCGGCGCCAAUCAGAUGGAAGCGGCUAUUCUUGUGGUCGCCGCCACCGACGGAGCUAUGCCUCAAACUAGAGAACACUUGACAUUAGCCAAACAGAUCGGUAUCGAAGAUAUUGUUGUUUAUGUGAAUAAAGUAGACGCGGCUGACACUGAAAUGACAGAAUUAGUCGAAAUGGAGUUACGAGAACUGUUGACUGAGUUAGGCUAUAAGGGAGACGACGUGCCAUUUGUUUUUGGAUCAGCUUUGGCUGCUAUGGAAGGCAAAAGAGAUGACAUCGGCCGCACUUCAAUUGUUACACUUUUGGACACAAUUGAUAACCAUUUUCGACAACCCAUUCGCGAUAUAGAUAAACCAUUUUUAAUGCCUAUUGAACACAUUUAUGGUAUUCAAGGCAGAGGUACUGUAGUAACGGGUCGUUUAGACAGAGGCCGACUUAAAAAAGGAACCGAAGUAGAAGUAUUAGGUUACGCUCGCUCUCAUAAAACAGUUGUCACCGGUAUUGAAAUGUUUCACAAGACAUUAGACGAGGCGGUUGCCGGCGACAAUUUGGGCGCACUUUUACGUGGCCUUAAACGAGAUCAAGUUCGCCGUGGAAUGGCUGUAGGAGCUCCGGGCACAUUCAGACCGGCAGAUGUGGUCGAGGCUCAGAUAUAUAUGCUUAAAAAGGAAGAGGGAGGUACUCCUAAACCAUUUCUCAACACCCAAAGAGCCCAAAUGUAUUGCAAAACAUGGGAUUGUUUGGCUGAAUUGUCGGCCAGCGGUAAGGAUAUGAUGCUUCCCGGAGAAGAUUCACACGUGUCUGUUAAGUUAUUACGACCGAUGAUCUUUGAACAGGGAGACAGAUUCACUAUAAGAGAUAAAACUAAUACAAUAGCUACCGGUGUUGUCACCAAAGUGUUGGCCGAUAUGACACUUGAAGAGAGAACCAAAUUUGAAAAAGGAAAGUCUCGGAAGGAAAAGGAUGAAAUGGAGCGCAGGAUCGCUGAGAUUGAAGAGGCAUUCAAAGAGAAGGCACCCUAACUAACAAAAUUUUUUAUAUUUUAUUACAUAAUUGAAAUCAUAAUUGUUUUCUUAACGCAAACCGUUUUGGCAUUUCAGUCAAAAUUUAAUUAAACGUUAGAUUAUGACCAAAACGAUUAGUUAUAAUCAUAAUAAGUAAUACUUAUUAUUAUUAAGUAUUGU